AUGAGGUCAAAUAUUUUGCUCUGUGUGAUCUUCAUCUAUCAGCUUACCGGUGUAUCUUCUCUUCAAAAACUCAGCUUCGAAGAUUUCAUCGACGAGGUUCUCUUCCGGACUCAGCAGAACCUAUACAGUCGCCUCGGGGAAGGCUGGAAUAUAUUUCUAGGCACAAGCCUACAGGAUGAAAAUGGCACAUUCAUUUUUCUCAAUGGCUACGCCUACGCUUACGCUGUUGGAUGGCACUAUAAGCUUAAAAGAGAUGGAGUGUGCGGCACAAUAUAUGGCGGCAUGGAUAACAGGCUUUGGUGUCCCGUCAGAUUUGACAAGCUUAGGGUAGCACUUCCUCGGUUCCCAGGGGACGGUGGCGAACACUACAUACUCCGUGUGGAUAUGACAGCGAGACUUGGUUUUUGGCAGCCAAGAGGUGGUGAUUUGAUGAAUUAUAUCAGAUAUGUGUCGAUGCGGACAAAUUACACGAUGACAAAUAGGAAGUACGCUAUUGUGACUGAUACUCCGGCCCGAUACCAUCUUUCAAAAAAAUGGGCCCAAAAUCUUCAAGGAGUCAUGCAGACGACAUUAAAAGCUUUCCUCACCAAUGGUGAUUUCUAUCAUUCUAUCACUAAAGCUGUGGAGGGAAUGAAGAAGCCCUAUGAAUUGCAUCCUUGA